GUGACGAGUGACGCUUCCUGCUCCCUCAGCAGCGCAGGCCGGCUAGCUGGCAGUGCUGGAGGCUGUGUAUCCGGAAUAUGUGUCCGGGGUCCAGCUGUCACUCGGUUCUCUUCAUGUGCUCCCGCAGGGCCCCCCUCGGGUCUCCCCGGCUGUAGAGCGCUUUGUGUGGAGCUGCCUCCCCGGACUGUCUACAUGAGGUUAUAAGGGAGCUGCCGACAUGGACGAGAAGUACGGCAGCAAUGCGAUGAGCACGGGCAGGCUGGGGCCUGUGGAUGCCCCCGAGUCCAGACUGACCAGAUACAUCGUCCUUCUCUGCUUCACAAAGUUCCUGAAGGCUCUUGGUAUCUUUGAGUCCUACGAUCUACUAAAAGUAGUCCAUAUUGUACAGUUUAUCUUUAUAUUAAAAUUGGGGUGUGCAAUUUUUAUGGUUUUGUUUCAAAAACCAUUUUCUUCUGGGAAGACGGUUACUAGACGCCAAUGGAUCAGUAUUGUGAAACAUGCUUUCGUUGGCUGUAUUCUGUCACUCCUGUGGUUCUUUGGCCUUACACUUUGUGGGCCUUUAAGGACUUUGCUGCUGUUUGAACAUAGUGAUAUUGUAGUUGUAACAUUGCUUACCGUGCUGUUCACUGGUUCCAGCGGAGUACCGUCCAAGACUCGAGGUGCUGCAUUUUUCAUCGUUGCGGUUAUAUGUUUACUACUCUUCGAUAAUGAUGAUCUGAUGGCCAAAAUUGCUGAGCACCCUGAAGGACACCAUGACAGUGCGCUUACACACUUCCUGUACAUGGCAUUCUCCCUCCUAGGAGUUGCUGACCACAAGGGAGGAGUGCUGUUGCUUGUGUUGGCUUUAUGUUUCAGUGUUGGCUUCCAUGCGGCUUCCAGAAAGCUCUCUUUAGAUAUUGGUGGAGCCAAGCGUCUGCAAGCAUUGUCUCACCUUGUGUCUGUCAUAUUACUGUGCCCAUGGGUCAUCGUCCUCACUGCAACUACCGAGAGCAAAGUAGAGUCUUGGUGGUCUCUGGCAAUGCCUUUCACCACUGUCAUCUUCUCGGUGAUGAUUCUGGAUUUCUACGUGGAGUCGGUUUGCACAGUUAAAAUGGAAAUGUCAAAAUGUGCCCGCUAUGGCUUCUUUGUCAUUGUUCUGAGCGCGUUGCUUCUCGGGAAUUUCUGGACUCAUCCGAUAACAAACCAACUCCGAGCUAUGAAUAAACCAGCACACCAGCCCAGUACUGAACAUGUGUUGUCCGGAGGGGUGGUGGUCAGCUCCAUUUUCUUCCUUUUAUCUGCAAACAUCCUGGCCUCAGCCUCCAGGAAGGGACAGAAAGGCACCCUUGUAGGGUACUCCCCAGAAGGAACACCUCUCUAUACCUUCAUGGGGGACGCUCUGCACAGCACGUCCCCUUCCAUGCCAAGGUUUAUUAAGGAUUCCCUGAAACAGAUUCUUGAAGAGUACGACUCCAGGCAGAUCUUCUAUUUCUUGUGUCUAAAUCUGGCAUUCACAUUUGUGGAGCUUUUCUAUGGAGUGUGGACCAAUAGCCUAGGACUGCUUUCUGAUGGUUUCCACAUGCUGUUUGACUGCUCUGCUCUUGUCAUGGGACUUAUCGCUGCAUUAAUGACCCGAUGGAAAGCAACACGGAUGUUCUCUUAUGGGUACGGCCGAGUGGAAAUACUGUCUGGGUUUAUUAAUGGCCUCUUCCUAAUGGUGAUCGCAUUCUUUGUGUUUAUGGAGGCGGUGGGCAGAAUCUUUGAUCCCCCUGAUAUCAAUACAGAUAUGCUAACUCCAGUGUCAGUCGGGGGCCUGCUUGUCAAUCUGGUUGGUAUUUGUGCCUUUAGUCAUGCCCACUCCCAUGGUGGUUCCCGAGGAGGAGGGUGCUCUUCUCACGAUCAUGGCCACUCGCACCAUGGACAUAGUCACGGUCAUGGUCAUUCACAUGGUGAUCAUGGACAUGCUCACAACCAUGGUCAUUCUCAUGGAUCAAGUGGUGGAGGAAUGAAUGCAAACAUGCGUGGUGUGUUUCUCCACGUGCUGGCAGACACUCUUGGCAGCGUGGGUGUCAUAGUAUCUACCAUCCUGAUUCGGCAGUUUGGCUGGCUGAUAGCAGAUCCUCUGUGCUCCUUGUUCAUUUCUGUUCUAAUAUUUGGAAGCGUCCUCCCUCUCCUGAAAGAUGCUUGCGAGGUGAUCCUCCUCAGAAUUCCUCCUGAAAUUGAGAAGGGGAUAAACGUGGCUCUUGAAAAGAUUUCAAACAUCGAUGGUCUGAUAUCUUAUCGGGAUCCACAUUUUUGGCGUCACUCUGCCUCCGUUGUUGCAGGAACUAUACACGUGCAAGUAAUGUCAGAUGUUGUGGAACAACGGAUCAUUCAACAGGUAACUUCAGCUCUGAAAGACGUUGGAGUCAACAACCUCACGAUUCAGGUGGAGAAGGAAGCCUAUUUCCAGCACAUGUCCGGCCUUAGCACAGGCUUUCAAGACGUCCUGGUCAUGACCCAGCAGAUGGACACCAUCAAGUAUUAUAAGGAUGGGACAUACAUCAUGUGACCGCAGCCCGCACACCCAGUAUUCUUCUUGUGUAUGACCAGGGAAACCAGAGACUUGAACCGAAAUGUACAGAAAUCAUAUGUUGUAUAGACUUGGAUUUUAUACAUCAAUCUUUUCUUGUCUUUAUGUAGAGUAAAUCAGGAUGUUUUUAUACAAUGUUAUAAAGCAGAAUUUAUCAUUUAGUUCUUUAUUUCGGAAAAAGGGUGUUUUAACAGGGAGAGGGUUUGCUGGAUCUUGGGCAUACCAUGUAUAGAUUGCAAGUGGUCACCACGGUAAUGCAGACCACCAGGCUGCCAUUUCUACCAUUUUGUGCUAUUAUUAAUCCAUUCAGACAAUAGGUCAUCAGUAUCCGAUUGGUG